AUGGAGCCUAUCAUGACUAUAAAAAAUGACCAAGAACUUGCCACAGCAGAAAUCAAUCCCGAAGCUUCAGAAAAUAUUAUUCUUCUUCCACGAACUGCGUCUAAAAUUAUACGUCAAAGAAGUAUUGAUUAUGUGGAUAGUGAGAAUAAAAUUGAGAAAGCUACUCCGUCAGGAUACUCAGUAAAAGAAAUUGCAGCAUAUCGCCGUGGUAAACGAGUCGGAGAUGAAAAAUUACCAAAAAAAGUUCGGAGUUUUUACAAGAAGCAAGAUAGAUUCAUUACAACUUUAGAACGCUUAAAUCGUCUUCAUUCGAAUAAAGAUAGUGACGAUGACGAUGAUGAUGGUGAUGGUGAUGGUGAUACUGAAAUAAAAGGCCAAAAACGAAAAAAAACAUCCACCGAGGAGUUAAAGUCAAAACAGAAACGAAUCAAUCUUUAUACGAACUUAUCAUUAUUAGUCAAUGUUUUUCUUCUCAUAGUAAAAAUCGCUGCUGCAUUUAUCUCACACUCAUUAUCGGUCAUAUCAUCAGUUGUCGACAGUGCUGUCGAUUUGGCAUCUAGUGUUAUUCUUUUUUGGGCUACACGUGCCAUUAAACGACGUGAUCCAUUUAUGUAUCCACAAGGUCGAACACGUCUCGAACCCAUUUCUAUUAUUAUUCUUUCGGUAAUCAUGUGUUCGGCAAGUAUUCAAGUGAUAUCAGAAUCAUUACAAACAACUAUGGAUGAUGUUCAAAUGCUUCGAAAAUAUCCAUCAAAUAGUUCUGAAUAUGUACAUCCAAUUAACAUGACAGCGUUUCCUGUAUCUAUUAUGGGUAUCACUAUAGGACUUAAAUUGAUUCUCUUCUUGCUGUGCUCUCGUGAAAGUAGUGAAACUUUGAAUGCUUUAGCUCAAGAUCAUCGAAAUGAUGUUUUUUCAAAUGCUAUGGCUCUUGUCUGUGGUAUAUUAGGCUUUAUGGCAAAAAAAAAUCCGAUCCGCUAUCCUUCAGCUUUAGUAUUAACCGAUCCAAUCGGUGCUAUUCUCAUAUCAGUAUAUAUCGUGAUUACAUGGAUUCGUCAGGCCAAUCAACAAGUCAAACGAUUGACUGGGCAUACAGCUACUCCAGAAUUUCUUCAACAGAUAACCUGGAUUGCAUUUCAUCAUUCAUUGUUAAUUUUAAAAAUUGAUACAGUUCGAGCAUUUCAUUUUGGCACACACUUUCUUGUUGAGGUGGAUAUCGUUCUUCCGGAAGAUAUGUCACUCAAAGAAGCGCACAAUAUUGGAGAAGAUUUACAACAAAAAAUUGAAAAGAUUCCUGAAGUUGAACGAGCAUUUGUUCAUCUUGAUUAUGAAUUUUAUCAUAAAGCUAGUGAUGAACAUAAAGUAGUUUAA